UAUUAGAUAACAUCAUACCAAUUGUUUGCUCGCUGAUAAUACACAGUUUCAAUCGACCUUCUGUGAAAAAGCGAAUCAAAAUGCUGAAACUACUACUUUUAUUUACAUUUGCCAACGUACAAGGAAUAACAGGUUCCUUGCAUGAUGCAUUGCAUUAUUUCGAAACUCUUCAUCUUAGUCAGGUCACACACCAAAUGGUCAGAAGAGAUGCUGAUACUGCUCUCCGAGAUGUAAAACAAAUUUCUUUCUCAGUGCUUGGGAGAGACUUCAAUCUACACCUAUUUCCAACAAAAGGCAUUUUAUCUUCUGACUUUAAGGCGUAUUCAGUAAAAGGGGAUGGUCGUAAAGAUGAGCAUAUCGUCAAAGAAGAUUUACUUUAUCAUGGUUAUACAACUGAUGAACAAAACUCCUAUGCCAAAGUAAUGAUUGAGAAAGAUGGUUUAACAGCUUCGAUAAAAACACCAGAUGAUGUUUACAUUAUUGAGCCAUCCUGGAGGCAUGUACCAGAACCACAUGACUUUCAUAUGAUUGCAUACAAAGGUUCAGACAUGAAGUAUAAUUUUACUAAAGAUGGACAAUCAAGCUUUUGUGGUCAUGGUCACCAUUUACCAAAAGAGCUACAGCAAGAUUUGGAGAAUUACAGACAAUCUUGGAAAUAUUCUCCCAAUGCUUAUUCCAAUGUCACAGAUCAAAAGAAACACAGUAGGUCAAAAAGAAGAAUCCCAAGCAAAAAUAUUUGUCAACUGUUGUUGGUAGCUGAUUAUAGAUUUUUUGAAACAAUGGGCCGCGGUGAGGAAGAAAAUACUGUCAAUUAUAUGAUAAGUCUGGUAAAUCGAGUUAAGACAAUUUACAAGGAUACUUAUUGGGCUGGUGACUUAAUAGGAUUAAGUUUUGAAAUUAAAGAGAUAUUGGUUCAUACGGAGGCCACAUUCGUAACCAAAGAUCAACGCCACUAUAAUGAACGCAAAUCCAAUCCAUGGGAUGUGUCAGAUUUACUUGAGGUAUUCAGUGUACACGACUAUUCAGAUGUGUGUCUUGCUCAUCUCUUUACAUAUCAAGAUUUCAGUAACGGUGUCCUAGGGUUGGCAUACAUUGCAACUGCUAGAAGUUAUGCUGUUGGUGGCAUCUGCUCCGAUCCUUAUUAUUCAAGCUCUGGUAAACUAUUUUUAAAUACUGGUCUGACAACAACACUCAACUGGGGGCGACGAAUCCUGACACGAGAGGCUGAUCUUGUCACUGCACACGAACUUGGUCAUAAUUUUGGCAGUGAGCAUGAUCCAGAUACCAAGGAAUGUUCUCCUGAUGAUGUCGAUGGUGGUAAAUACAUCAUGUAUCCUGCUGCAGUCAGUGGCCUUUUUGACAACAACAAGUUGUUUUCGCCAUGCAGUCAGAGAUUUGUGGGUCCAGUGUUGGAAUCAAAAAUAAACAAGUGUUUUACCUAUCCUUCUGGCGCAUUUUGUGGUAAUUUUCAAGUGGAAGCUGGCGAGGAAUGUGAUGCUGGACUUGUUGGCCUGGAAACGGAUCAACAUAAUUGUUGUUCUAGUGAUUGCUAUCUGAAAAAUGUUCAGUGUAGUGAUGCCAACUCGGAGUGUUGUGUUGAGUGUUCCUUUGCCACAGCUGGAAUGGAUUGCAGAGUGAGUGAUGAUAUAGGUUGUAUAGCUACUGCACAGUGUACAGGAAAUAGUGAUGUCUGCCCUGAAUCACAGCCGAAGGCAAAUCAUUCCGAUUGUGUGGAUGAUGGGAAAUGUUAUGGAGGUAGAUGUUAUACAUUCUGUGAGACCAAGCACAUGUUGCCUUGCAUGUGCCCGCAAGAAUCGGAAUCUUGUUAUCGAUGUUGUCACGAACCUGGGUCUGAUUCAGUGUUGGAUUGCAAUAUAUAUACAGAUGACGAAGAUUUUAAGCAUCCAUUUAAACUGCCUGAUGGCCAACCAUGUGGACAUGGCUUCUGUCAAAAUGGUUAUUGUGAAAAAUCUACUCAAGAUGUGGUGAAGCGAUUAUGGUCAAUAAUAGAAGAUAUCAAUAUCAAUAAAAUUGUGAAGUUUAUGGAAGAUAACAUUGUUGGUACAAUUAUAAUAUUAUCUCUACUGAUCUGGGUUCCAUGCAGUUGUCUGGUCCACUAUGUUGAUAAGAAAAGAGAUGAAGAAGCAGUGGAUAUAAACAACUGGCUCCAUCCAACCAAUCGCGUAUUGAUACGACCAGAAGAUGAGAAAAACAUCCAGAAGCACAAACCACCAACUAGAACAGGACAAGGUGUAGUACAAAAAGAAACGUAUCUUUAGCAUGCAGCUUGCAUUGUAAUAGCAUGCUUUACCGUAUUUGUAGUUUUGUUUAUAAUUUCUACAAUAACCACGUAAUGUAACAAACUUUAAUAGUGUUUAAGUAAUGCAAUCAGGUAUUCAAAUUGCUGUGAAUUAAUUAUAAUUUCAGCAUUAAUUUUAAAUAAUG